AUGGCUAUAAAAGCGAACAAAAUUCCGCUCUUAUGUUACGGAACGGCGUCAAUAAUCGCUAUAUCUUGGAUAACGGAAUGGAAGGCGGUGUGCCAGUAUAUCCCAUUUUACGGCAGCAAAUACGCGAAAGAGGACUCGAGAAGAUAA